ACUAGGUGGCCAUUUCGUUGCAACGACGAAAAAGCUCCCUUGACGUUUACCUUUUGUUUCUGUGUGAUGUGCUUAAGUGAAAAUCGUGUGAAAAACUCAAUUUUCUGCUGGAAAACCCAACGCGCCCAGGCCAUUUUGGCUUGAAAGUGUCCUGUGGACCUUGUAGCAUCAUUGUGAGUGGCUGAAGGUUGUCCAGGAAGACCAAAUGGCGUCGUUUAUUGAUUCCGAAGCUGAGGAGAGUGAUCAAGAGGAGGAGUUGGAGCCCCAUGAGCGAUCGAAGCUCAAACGUCUCAAGGCUGUCUCGGAGAGCGAGGAGGAGGAGGAAGAUGACAACAUGCAAACAAUUGUCGAUGAUCUCAUCGAUGAUCGUGAGAUUGACGAAGAGGACGGGGAUUCCGAUGACUCCGGCCGGAGUCACAAACGCAAAAAAAGUGACGAUGAAGAUGAUCUCGAUGAUCGGCUAGAGGAUGAAGAUUAUGAUUUGAUCGAGGAGAAUUUGGGCGUGAAGGUCGAACGGAAGCGCUUUAAGCGUCUUCGUCGGAUUCAGGAUGAGGAGAGUGAUGGAGAGGACAAAGAUGAGGAUGAGUCACGUCAACGUGAACGGAUUGCUGAGCGAAUCUUCGACUCAGAUGAAGAUGAAGACAGAGGAGCAGAACGUCCUCAGGUUCCAGCUGAAGUGGAUCACUUUGAUGAGGAAGAGGAAGAAGAGGAAUCUGAUGCUGAUGAUUUCAUUGUGGAUGACGAUGGAGUACCUAUAACGGCCAGAAAGAAGUCAAGAAGGCCCAUUUUUGGAGAUGCAAUCCUUCAGGAAGGUCAGGAUAUCUUUGGGGUUGACUUUGACUAUGAUGAAUUUGAGAAAUUCGACGAUGACGAGUACGAAGAUGAGUAUGAGUUGGAUGGUGAGGGAGAUGGUGAGAAGCGUCCGAAGAAGCAAAAGAAAAAGACAAUGCGUAAGUCCAUUUUUGAGAUUUACGAACCGAGUGAACUGCAACGUGGUCACUUUACGGAUUUGGACAUUGAAAUACGCAAAACGGAUAUUCCUGAACGGAUGCAAUUGCGUGAGGUGCCAAUAACGCCCGUGGAUGCGGAGAAAUCCAGUGAAUUGGAACAGGAAGCUGAAUGGAUCUACAAACAGGCAUUCUGUAAGGAACCUGUGUCAAAGCAGGAUGUCUUUACGGCUGAUGGACGCGAUAGGGCUAGGAAGCCACCAAGUGCAAUUGCCAAGAUAAAGCAAGCAUUGGAUUUUAUGCGUAAUCAACAAUUGGAAGUGCCCUUUAUUGCAUUCUAUCGGAAGGAAUAUGUCAAGCCGGAGCUCAAUAUCAAUGAUUUAUGGAAGGUGUAUCGAUAUGAUGCAAAAUGGUGUAUGUUGGUGUCGAGGAAGAAGGCACUGAAGGCGUUGUUUGAGAAGAUGCGGGAAUAUCAGACGGAUAAAAUAAUGGAGAAUCCCGAUAAGCCACUUCCGGAGGAUUGUCGAUUGAUCAAAGAUGACGAUCUGUAUAGGUUGGAAAUGGUGCAGACGCCAGAAGAAUUGAAGGAUGUCCAGAUGCAUUUUCACCUGUAUUAUUCCCAUGAGAUUCCAGCCAUGCAGGAAGCCUGGAGGGCAAAGGAUCGACAGCGCCGGAAACAGGAGCGUUUGGAGGCAAAGAGGCGCGAGAAGGAGGCACUCGAGAAUGGAGAAGAUGUGCCAGAAGUGAUUGAGAAUGUUGACGAUGAAGAUAUUGAGCAGCCGGAAGAGUCACUGAAACAGGCAAAGGAUGCCGGGCCGUAUGCAAUGUGCAGAAAGGCUGGAGUUUGUGGCAUGGCAAAGAAAUUUGGUCUGACUCCUGAGCAAUUUGCUGAAAAUCUCAGAGAUAGCUACCAACGGCACGAAGUUGAGCAGGAGCCAACAGAACUCCUGGAAUUGGCUAAACAAUAUGUCAGUCCAAAAUUUCAAACUCCCGAAGAAGUUCUGCAUGCUGUCAAAUACGUAGUUGCCCGGCAGUUAUCCAAGGAGCCGCUCCUGAAGAAGAGUGUCCGGGAAAUCUACUUUGAACGUGCCAGGAUUUCUGUGCAUCCCACCAAGAAGGGCGUCAAGGAAAUCGAUGAAAAUCAUCCAUGCUAUUCCAUGAAGUUCCUCAAGAAUAAACCCGUCAGAGAUCUCGUGGGAGAGCAAUUCCUGAAGUUGGCAAUGGCUGAAGAUGACAAACUCCUGGAGGUGCAGUUCAGUGAGAAACUCGAAGGGAAUACAUCAGCACCGUAUUUGGAUGAAAUCAAGGCACUGUAUCAGAAGGAUGAAUUUGCCAAGAAUGUCCAGGAAUGGAAUGCAAUUCGGGCUGAAUGUGUCGAGGAGGCGCUCAAUAAUAUGGUCCUCAAGGAUUUGAAGAAGGAAUUGAGAUCGGCUCUUCUGGCUGAAGCAAAAGACUGUGUACUCAAAUCGGCAUGUAGGAAACUCUGCAACUGGAUUAAAGUUGCACCCUACAGUGUUUCCUUUCCCGAGGAGGAUGACUACGAAUGGGAGACUGCAAAGGGACUCCGUAUCAUGGCAAUUGCCUACGUUCCGGAUUUUACGCAGUCUGCAUUUUGUGCUCUCAUCAAUCCUGAUGGCGAAGUGACAGACUAUUUGCGCUGUCCAAAUCUCCUGAAGCGCAAAAAUGCUUCGUGGGAGGAUGAACGUGUGCUGAAGGAGACUGAUUUGCAGUCUAUCAAAAAUUUUAUUCGUAACAAAAAACCCCAUGUUAUUGCAAUUGGUGGUGAAUCGUAUGAUGCUAAGAGGAUACGUGAGGAUUUGUGGGAGUGUAUUAAGGAAUUGCGUGAAGAGGAACAAUUUCCUCAAAUUGCCGUUGAAAUUGUUGAUAAUGAAUUGGCCAAGAUUUAUGCCAAUUCACACAAAGGUACAGCUGAAUUUAGGGAAUAUCCAAUUUUGUUGCGUCAAGCUGUAUCAUUAGCGAGAAAAUUGCGUGAUCCACUUGUGGAAUAUUCACAGUUAUGUACUGCAGAUGAUGAAAUUCUCUGCCUCAGGUAUCAUACGCUCCAGGAUCAAUUGGUUAAGGAGGAAUUGCUGGAGAAUUUGUAUUUGGAAUUUAUCAAUCGAACCAAUGAAGUUGGUGUUGAUAUUAAUUUAGCUGUGCAGAAUCCGCUCUAUGUGAAUUUGGUGCAAUUUGUUUGUGGUUUGGGUCCAAGGAAGGGUCAAGCAUUGAUUAAAAUACUGAAGCAGACCAAUCAACGAUUGGAAAAUCGUACACAAUUGGUUACAGCUUGUCAUAUGGGCCCGAAGGUCUUUAUCAAUUGCAGUGGAUUCAUAAAGAUCGAUACGAAUUCAUUGGGUGACAGUACAGAAGCUUAUGUAGAAGUUCUCGAUGGAUCACGUGUUCAUCCGGAAACGUACGAAUGGGCCCGAAAGAUGGCAAUUGAUGCAUUGGAGUACGAUGAUGAUCAGAUGAAUCCGGCUGGGGCUCUAGAGGAAAUUCUAGAGUCACCGGAGAGAUUGAAAGAUUUGGAUUUGGAUGCUUUUGCUGUUGAACUUGAACGUCAGGGUUUUGGUAAUAGAAGUAUAACAUUGUAUGAUAUAAGGGCUGAAUUGAAUUCACGCUAUAAAGAUCUCAGGACACCCUAUAGAUCGUCCAAUGCAGAAGAAAUGUUUGAUAUGUUGACCAAAGAAACACCUGAAACAUUUUACAUUGGAAAGUUAGUCCUAGCUGUUGUUCAAGGGUUUACGUAUAGGAAACCUCAGGGUGAACAAUUGGAUCAGGCCAAUCCGGUACGCAAUGAUGAAACUGGUUUAUGGCAGUGUCCAUUUUGUUUGCAAAAUGAAUUUCCCGAAUUGUCCGAAGUUUGGAAUCAUUUUGAUGCUAAAGCUUGCCCUGGUCAAGCAACGGGAGUUAAGCUUAGACUUGACAAUGGACUCCAAGGGUUUAUUCACAUCAAAAAUCUCUCGGAUAAGCAUGUUAAGAAUCCUGAGGAGAGAGUUCAAAUUGGUCAGGCAAUUCAUGUGAGAAUUACCAAAAUAGACGUUGAUCGUUUUUCCGUUGAUUGUUCGUCAAAGUCAUCAGACUUAUUGGACAAAAACCAUGAUUGGCGACCUACAAAAGAUGCAUACUAUGAUCAAGAGGCCGAAGAUCAGAUAACAAGAAAAGAUGAUGAUACGAAAAAACAAAAAGCCAGGCAUCACUAUAUAACCAGAGUUAUCUUCCAUCCGGCUUUUCACAAUAAAUCCUAUACCGAAGCUCUGAAGAUUAUGGAGACAAUGGAUCAGGGUGAAGUGAUCAUAAGGCCAUCUAGUAAGGGAGCUGAUCAUUUAACUGUCACCUGGAAAGUGACAGAUGACAUUUACCAACACAUUGAUGUUCGCGAAGAAGGCAAAGAGAAUGCCUUCUGCCUCGGUCGACGACUAUGCAUUGGAAGUGAGGAAUUUGAGGAUUUGGAUGAAAUCAUAGCACGCUAUGUUAAUCCAAUGGCAUCUUAUGCUCGGGAUCUUCUAAAUUACAAAUACUACAGAGACACGUUGCAGGGACUCAAGGAUAAAGCUGAAGAGUGUCUAAAGGAAGAGAAAUCUAAAAAUCCAACUAAAAUUCACUACUUCAUGUCCGCUUCGAAGAGCUAUCCAGGAAAAUUUCUACUGUCCUACCUUCCGGUCAACAAGUGCAAACAUGAAUAUGUUACAGUGACACCGGAAGGCUUUAGAUUCCGUCAGCAAAUUUUCGAUUCGCUCAAUGGACUGCUGAAGUGGUUCAAGGAACACUUCAAAGAUCCCCUGCCUGGAAACACUCCGUUGACAACGCCUAGGAUGUCCAUGAGGACACCCUAUGGAACACCUGGACAAAACAGCGGUUCAAAUUCCGUCAAUACCGAUGCUAUUGCCAAGGUGGCUCAGAACAUGCCAUCACACAUGCUGCAUUCACUGUCUCAAGUCGCCAAUCAGACGCCACACUAUCCACACACUCCAGGUGCUUAUGCACAGAGUUCAUAUGUCAAUACUCCAUACACCCCAAGUGGCCAAACGCCAUUUAUGACUCCCUACCACACGCCCCAUUCAUCCCAGACACCACGCUAUGGGCAAACAACGCCCACUCUCAACAAUGGACCAUUUGCCCAUCCCGGUCCGCCGAUGAGUGCUUCUCAGCACUAUCGCAGCGGAAGUGUAGGUAGUGGCGCUGGGGGCUACCACACGACCGGAGGGGGCGCUUCACAGCAACAGUCCAUGCCAACAGCGCAUCCGUCGCCGCAUCAGCAGCGCUACGGCAACUCACCGUAUGUGCCUAGUCCACAUUCACGCUAUGGCUCGCAGAGUGAAAAUCUCGAGUGGCAGCGAGCUGAUGAUGCAUGGGGACGGUACAAGGGGACUCCGGGUGGGACAACGCCCAAGGAUCGCGGUACAGGAAGAGGAUCAAGCAGAACACCGAGAUAUGAUGAGUAUCCACAACAUGGACAUGCUCGCAAGACACCUCAGUAUGACAAUGGUCGACCGAUGAGUCGAUCGGGACGAUCGGAUUAUGGCAAGAGUCCCAGAUCAUCACGUAGCUCACCGAGAACGAAUACAUCACCUCGGUCGAUGACUUUGGGUGACUCUACUCCUCUGUGGGAUGAGAAUUAAACGGUUUUUACUAAGUGAACAACAAAUAAAAAAAGUAAUUAAAAUUUUAAUUAGAGUUUGUGAAUUUAUCAAUUCAUAGGUCUUAAUUACAAGAAAUAAACAGAGUUUAAUGAA